AUGUUGGCCGGGCUGCUCUUGGGGGCUGCCUGUGUGUCCCUGGUCCUCCUGGGCAGCCCGGGCAGCGCCUAUCCCGGCAGGAAGAAGCCGCCCAGUUUUGCCGCGGACAGGCACCGUGUGGGGCCGCAUGUUUGCCUCUCCGGCUUUGGGAGUGGAUGCUGCCCUGGGUGGAUGCCAUCCCCAGCCAACGGGCAGUGCACUCUGCCACUCUGCUCCUUUGGCUGUGGCAGCGGCUGGUGCAUCGCCCCCAACGUCUGCUCCUGCCGGGAUGGAGAGCAGGGCAUCACCUGCCCAGAUCCGCCCAAUGCCUGCGGGGAGUAUGGCUGUGACUUCGCCUGUAACCAUGGCGGCUGCCAGGAGGUGGCCCGUGUCUGCCCGCUGGGUUUCUCCAUGGUGGAGACGGCCAACGGCGUGCGCUGUACAGACAUUGACGAGUGCCUGAACGCCUCCUGUGAGGGGCUGUGCGUCAACACCGAGGGAGGCUUUGUGUGUGAGUGCGGCCUAGGCAUGCGGCUUUCCGCCGACCGGCACAGCUGCCAGGAUACGGACGAGUGUCUGGCCAGUCCGUGCCAGCACCGGUGCAAGAACAGCAUCGGCAGCUACCGGUGCUUCUGUCGCCCCGGCUACCACCUGCACAGCAACCAGCACUCCUGCUUGGAUGUGAACGAGUGCCGCCGGCCCAGCGAGAGGCGCCCCUGCCAGCACGCCUGCCACAACACACCAGGCAGCUUCCUGUGCACCUGCCACCCUGGCUACCGGCUCAGCGGGGACAGGAUGUCCUGCGAAGGCUUCCUGAAAACCAUCCCGGCCCCGUCUCCCAUCCUGCAGUCCCUGCAGCACCCCCCAACUCUGCUGCUGCUCCCUCCUGACUCUGGGGGACCCCUGCUAGCCCCCAGGGCCUCCCUUCCUUCACAUGCCCCUGCCCCCAACCCCAGCCCCCAGCCCCCUUCCUUGCUGACUGCCCCACCACCCAUAUCCCCCUUGCUCCCGGCUGCCACCGCUGCCCGUGGCGCGUUCUCCCCACUGCUGCCAUCGCUGCUCCAAGGGGAAGUCCCCUCGCCCUCGCCUCGUCCCUCUGCUUCUCUGCCGCCCGCCCUUGCCACCUCGCCUCCCCUCUGCUGGCACCAGGGGGCGCCGCGGGAGCACAGCAGCCAUUGGACGGAGCCUGGGUGCCUGCACUGUGCCUGCGAGGGGGGCCAAGUGGUGUGUGAGGCGGAGAGCUGCAGGAUUGCCUGUUCCCACCCGCUGCCCCCGAAGGACGGGGGGUGCUGCCCCAGCUGCACAGGCUGUUGGCACGAGGGGGUCGCCCGGGCCGAGGGGGAUGUGUUCUCUGUGGCUGACGGAAAUUGCACAGUCUGCAUGUGCCUGGCCGGCAAUGUGUCCUGCAUCUCCCCUGAGUGCCCUCCAGGCCCCUGCCCCAGCCCUGCCCAGGCCAACUGCUGCUCCUGCCAGCCAGCCACGUGCGAUUUCCACGGGCGCACGUACAUGCACGGAGCCGAGUUCAGCUUGGAUGGAGACAACUGCACCACCUGCAUCUGCCGGAGUGGCGAGGUGGAGUGCUCCUUCGCCCCCUGUCCCGAGCUGGCAUGUCCCCGCCAGGACUGGCUGCUGGCCCCGGGGCAGUGCUGCUUCUCCUGCCGGGAGCCUGCACCAGCGUCAGGUUGCUUCGUGGAUGACAAUGGGGUAGAGUUUCCGAUCGGACAGAUCUGGUCUCCGGGUGAUCCCUGUGAGUUAUGCAUCUGCCAGGCAGACGGCUCGGUGAGCUGCAAGAGGACAGACUGUUUGGAGACGUGUCCUCACCCCAUUCAAAUCCCUGGCCAGUGCUGCCCGGAUUGCUCAGCAGGCUGCACCUACAUGGGAAGGAUCUUCUACAACAACGAAACCUUCCCUUCCGCCCUAGACCCCUGCCUCAGCUGCAUCUGCCUGCUGGGCUCCGUGGCUUGUUCCCCUGUAGACUGUAUCAUCUUCUGUAUGUACCCGUUCCACCCGGAGGGAAAAUGCUGCCCUGUCUGUUAUGAUUGUAACUACGAAGGCAGGAAGGUGGUGAAUGGACAGAUGUUUGUACCGGAGGGUGAGCCCUGCAUUCACUGCAUUUGCCAGUUGGGGGAGGUGAGCUGCGAGAGGAGGCCCUGUGCCCGCUCUUGCACUGAGCCCUCGGCGCUCCCUGCCGCCUGCUGCCCUGCCUGCCAAGAUGCUCCAGUCCCUCUGGAGGACAGCCCUGUCCUUGUCCACGCAGACGAUGCAGAGGCUGGGAAAUCCCCAUCCCGCAAUCCCAGAGAGAACUCCAUGGACCAGCCCAGGGCCAGUGACUGCCGCCUCUGCCCCAGUUCCCCGGCUCCUGCUUCUCCCAGCCCAGAGCUCCUCGCAGGAAGGAACACGCCCCGCUGGGACGCUGGGCCCGUGAACACGGCUGGGCCCCCUCCGGCUGGGCCCCCUCCAGCUGGGCCAGGGUCCUUGGGAUCCCGUAUGGCUCCCUCGGGGCCUUCUCUGCGCCCCACCGUUCUGAUAGAAACCUCUGGGCCGGUGACUGCAGUUCCAAGCCCCAAUCAGCCCCCUUCACCCACCCCUGCAGGGCCCAGAACUGCCCCCGGACCCUCAUCCCCAGCGCCGGCUUGGUCCCUGCUCCUCAGAAGCAUUCCACGCUCCCAUCAGAGGGAGCGGAGCCCCCCCCGUGUGAGGAGAGCAUGCCUGGCCAGCCAGCUGCGUAGUGCCCCUCGCUGAGGGGAUGUGGAGCGCCCGGCCCGUUGCAGCAGCGUGAGGAGGAGGAGGAAACUGACAGGAGAGAUGAGCUUGAUCGAACGGGGUGGGGGAGGGAAAGGAGGCAUCACGUUGUUCUGA